CCGCCAUUGCUCGUCACCGCUGCCUUGACGCGGCUUCCAGCAAACACACACCGUCUCUUGGCGAACAUGGCGGCAACUUGACAACGGCAGCGAGAUGAAGACGGUGAGGGCUUGAAAAAGACGAGAGGUCUGUUCCCGGCUGUAGGCCCCAACCCGCCGACACAAAGCCACACAGCUUCGCCAUGUUGGAAGACGACAGCAGCCUUGUCCGUGCACGACCGAGGCCGGGGGAAACGUAAACGCGUCGGUGAGUGUUUCUAAAAACGGAGUCGAGGCUACGCAGAGGAGCGGAGCGGCGCGGCGCGGAGCUCAGGGCGGGCGGGAGGACAGCGGCUUCACCGGUCAGCCAUGGAGGAUGCGGCCCGUCUGAUUUCCCAGCCGGCCCGUUUUCAUGGGAAUUAGCACCGUUAGCGGAGAGCAGCCGGGACGAGCCAGCAGCCGACACCUGAGGGGGGGAGAGCGCGAAGCGGACCCGACGUCAAUGACUGUUGCGGCAGAGGAGCCCCCACGGUGGAGUCGGCCGGUUCCCGAAAUAUGACCAGGGGUGCUGGGACGUGUUGGCAGCAAGAAGAUGACGACGGCUUCCAAAUCUGGCUAGAGCCCCCCCGAGACAACCAAAAGCCAUUCACCGACUCCGAGAGGGCGCAGAGAUGGCGACUGUCCUUGGCAUCCCUCCUGUUCCUCACCAUCCUCCUCUCUGAUCACCUGUGGUUCUGCGCCGAGGCCAAGCUGGCCCGGACCCGGGACAAGUUCGCCUCCUCCUCCUCCUCCUCCUCCUCCUCCUCCUCCUCCUCCCACCUCCUCCUCUCCCCCCAGACCCACUCAGCACACAGCAGCCUCAGAGGAAACCCAGAUGCUAUUUUUAUAGGAAACUCUACCAAACAUUUGUGGCGCCUCGAAACUUGCCACCGGGACAGUUUGUCUAAAGACUGCUUCACUUUCGCGGACGCCGACCAUUUGUGCAGGGGCCUUUCCGAGCGAGAGGGGACGCGGGCUGUAAAUAUGAGCGAUUUGUACCUCUCCUUUUGUAACUCCUACUCCCUGCUGGAUCUGUUCUACGGGUCCACCAGUCCGGACAAUUUGAACUGCAGCCUGGACGUGCUGGGGGACGGGGACACGACCAGGUGCAGCCUGUGUGUCCAGGCGUACCAGCGCUACGACCAGCACGCCCAGGAGAAAUAUGAGGACUUUGAGCUCCUGACUCAGAAAUACGAGCCGGCGGGCUACUCGGUGAGGACGUGCAUGGAGCAGUGCAAGACGGCCUAUAAGCCCUGGCUGUGUGCUCAGUAUUUCCCCACCACCCAGCAGUCCUGUCAGAAGAAGGUACCGUGCCACCAGUACUGCCUGGAGGUCCAACAGAGCUGUCCAUUCAUCCUGCCCGACAACGAUGACCUGAUCCACGGCGGCAGCCCCAGCUUCAUUUGCACAGGGCUCUUGAGGGAUCAUCCGUCAGACAGUGAGGCUCAGUGCUGCGACGUCCGAUGGGACUCCAGAAUGGACAGCCCUUCAGGCGGCACACUAAAAAGGACUGCUUCUUCCUGCCAGCCCGGGGCCUCGGUCACCUCCGCCGCCACCCCGAGACUGUGCAGCGGGCGACUGAAGAUCUGCCUGCUGGCCCUCGUCCUCCUACACACUGUCAUCAUCAUUUCAGCCUCCCAUAACUCCACAUUGGUGGGCGUGGCUGCCAUUUUCUCACCAGACGAGAGCGCUUCUAACGAGGAGUGAACCUUGGGGUUGAAUCAAGGCCGGAGCUCGCGAGAGAAUGAUGUCGCCGGAGCGGGAUUAUGGCUUUUACAGUGUCAUGGCUGCCAGGGACACAUCUGGCGAGACGUGCUGGAAAUGCCUCUAGAAUCUGCCGCCGAUGAACCAUCAACCACAGGAAGUGGGAGGGUUUUAACUGGAGCUAUGGGUGCUGGGACUGGACAUCGACCAAACCGAGACGUUUGAGAACCACCCCCCUAAAAGAACUGACCUCUUGCCACUUGAAACCUGCUCAUUGUUUCUAUUCCAUCCAAAUGUUUUCUAGCAUAUUGUCCCUCCCUCUCCUCCCCCUCUCCUCCCUCCCCCCCGGUGUUCGUACGGAUAGCAUGUCAGAGGAGAAACGGACAUCGACGAAGCGCUCGCUUUCACUCGUCAUUACCUUCUUUCAGGUGCCAGAAUGUUUUGACAUAUCAGCUGCGUUCCCCUUCCUCCCCUGUACCACCUUAGAGGCAUCUUCUUCACUAGCGUGUCUGCGAUGUUGCUCGAGGGUCUGCCAGGACCGGCUCAUCCAUCACUCAUGUGGGUCUCGUUUCUCUGAAAACAAAAAUGUCUGUGAUUCUUCUGUGUUCUGAUGUUCAGCUUGUAUUUUUGUCCCCCUCCCCGGACCUUUUCUCAUCCCCCCUUGCGACGGUACAUGCCUACACAUUUUAGGACCUUAAGUGCUCUGAGACUGGCUCGCUUCUUCUUCUAACCGGUUAGCCGCUGAGCGAGUUAGGAGGGCUGAAGCGGCAAAAGUGGUGAGCUCAGUCACCACGAAAUGCUCCUGAAGUGUGGUGUUCUCUGGUUUCUUUUUUUAAGUGUUCAGUUUACCUCAUACGGUGGAGUCGGUGGAGCCACAGCGAGUAUUUAGAGCUGUCAGACAUAAGACUGCAGGGACAACCCAGGGACACUAGAGGACAGCUGCAUGAAGCCAAAACACCAGAGGCCUCAUUUAUCAACGAUACGUAAGCCCGUUCCUACACACACACAGUCCGAUUUAUCAGUUCGGUCUUGUGUUUCUGAAUACAUUUACAGCAGACGUCUGACCACAAAUACCACCAAACGAAACCCCAGCGGGACACUUAGCUGCAGACCCACAAUCCAAUUCUAUCGCCGUGUUGCCAAGUGUUUUCUUCUGGAAAGCAGUGUAGCCUGAUCUCAUUUUCUCUUCGAGUAAAGAUAUGCUGUUGAACUAAAAGGACAAAUGGAGAUUGGACCUUCUUUACUGUCAGCUGUAAUGCUUUAAUCUCAAGCUAGGUAGCAGGAGUUUGCUAAAAACCCUGGCGGCUAUUAGUGGCUACUAUAAUGUUGACGCACAAAGACAGUUGACGUAUCAAACUCUCCUCAGAUUCCCUCUGAAUGACAUCCUCCUAAUUGUGGAUGUUAUCAGUGUUCCCUUCAUUGUACAGGUUGGGCCUUAAGUUUCCAUACUUAGGAAAAAUAAACAUUUUAUGUUAGACAACUGUUUUUAUUUAUACAGUGUGCUCUGUAUGAUUACCAUUGUUUUGAGAACACAUUAAUAUGUGUUUUUCACUGUUGAUGGACUUGCAUUAGCGCAGUUGACGUUCUGCUAGUAAGGGCGUUGGUGAUGCGGUCCUUGACAUGAUUUAUGUCUUGUAUCUUCACCUGAUACACCACGACCUUCAAAUGCCCCCAACGAUUGCAUCAAACGCAUCUUCUAGGGUAUCUGAAACAUAAAAAAAAUAUACAUUAUACAUUUUCCGAUGUAUGGCCCACCCUGUAGAAUGUCUUGGGCUGCUAUACCGUAACAGCCAAGUAGCUAACACUGCGUAUAAAAGAUGGACGUAGCCAUGUGAUGUGUUCUGGACUUCCUUCCUGAAGACUUGACUUUGGAAUUUAGCCGUCAUCAUGUUGCCCAUUUGAAACCAGACCUAACAUAAAAGGAGAGAUGGAUCUGACUCAGAACUCAAGGACACUACAUACUGUGCCCUAAAACACACUCUAAAUGGGACUGCAACAUAAAAAAAGAACUUUACGCUAUAUUGAAGUAGACUUGAAACUAACCGUUGGGACCAUAAACCCAUGAGGAACAUAUUUACUGAGGUAACAGAUCCAGGAAGAAGUAGGGCCAUUUUCUCAAGGACUACUAUAUAUAUGCGACUUCUUUUUGCAACCAGAGAAGGCGCCCCCUGUUGGUUGUUAGACAGAAUGCAGGAGAAUGGGGGUUACGUCCAUCUUUUAUACACAGUUUGUCGUUUGCAGUGGCAGCUUUUUAAAGGUGCAGUGUGUAGGACUAAAUAAUUUCCAGCUGUGAGGUUGCAAGAACACAAAAUGCUCUUUUUGGAGUCAGGUUUGUCCACUCUGGGCUACUGUAGAAACACGGUGGUCCAACACGGAGCUCCACUGACGUAGAUCCACUCCCUCUGUAGAUGUAAAGGGCUCAAUUUUAGCUGUUCUUAUUGUCAGGUGAUUUGAGACUAAUGAAAACCUGAAUGUUAAUAUUAGAUUUCAAUUCUGCUAAUAGAUGCAUCUAAUUCCUGAUCCUUUAACAAUGCUGCAGAAAAUGCAAGACUACUUCACUGAUCAGCAUCACUCAAAGUUCCUGAACCUUCAGGAAAUAUUACCAUUUCAACAGCGACUUUUUUGGGGGUAAAACUAUCUCGCCCUUAUUUAUUCCAGACUUGGCAGGAGAUGAGUUCCUCAGAAGGUUCCCAUCUUCCUGCUGUGGCGGCACAUCUUCAGCUUGAUAAAUGAGGCCCCUGAUCUUCGAGUGCCUCUCUGUUGCAUAAACCAGUGAGGCAGAUGCCGGCAAUGGAGCAAUAUAAAAGCAAACAGCCAGGGUUAGCGCCCUACUUUGUGGCAUCUUCAAUACUGAUGGCUCGGCUUCUCAGUAUCACAGCUGCUGCAAGUGACCAGCCGGCGAGCCAAUCAAUCAAUCAACCAAUCAAUCAAACCGGCGACUCUUGAAUCACCCUUAGACGAGCUGAUCAACCGCUAUCUCUCACAGACUAGCAAAGGGCUGUGUUAGCGUCAGCGUGUGAGGAGUGUGAGGAGUUUUCAAGGGCUGAUCCAUCUGAUUUUCUUUUCUCUCUCUGUUCUAUGUUUAUAUUUUUUGCAUGGCUGCUGCUAGUAAAGUGCACAUUGACACGAGGACGGGUUUCGCAGGGAUUAGGAAGACUUUGAAGUUCCCCUUUUCAGCUGGAGAUUGGGCAGAAAAAGAGAUUAACCCAAAGCUACAACUUGGUACCAUGAGCAACUAGUGACAGACCAGAAAGUACAGCUGAGGACGGUGAAGCAGUUUUUUUUUUCCGUCCUCCAUCCUGGUUGCCUCUAAUGAUCGGCUGAAGACAGAUUGAAGUUUUAACUGCCUCCAAAUUGUUUUGGCUGUGAAAACUCGGUAUCGCCUCGCCUCCCCUCCCUCCGUCCCCAUUAACAGCUUGACCUUACCUCACCUCACAUCACGUAACGGCCAUCGAUUAGCUCUUCGCUCACACAGCAUCAGAGUGGGAUGUCACAUCAAAGUCAAGUCCACGUUUGCCUCUGGAUUUCCACCAUGCGGUGCGCAGAUUUCCCCAGUUCACUCCCUUUUUUGCUUGAUUGUGAGACGUGUUGUUGCGUUCGUUUAGUUUUUUUUUUUUUAAUCCUUGACUAACUCUGUUGAUGACAUUCCCUUGAAGACAGCAGCGGAUGUAAUAGGCCCACACUCUGUGCUCCAUCCCUUCGAUCUCUAGCUGUUCACCAUCUGAGUCCUGUGGAUCUAUGCAGAUGAACCAUCCCCAACCCAAAUCAAACCCGCCCAGUUUCCACCUUCACCUCCACCUCCACCACCGCUCCCCUUGUCCUUUCUGUUGUAAAUAUGUCCUGAGGAUCCGAAACCGUCCCCCUCCCACCUUGCCCGACCCCCCCACUGUUGGAAUCUCACUGUGUUUUCUGUUCGCCUCCUUGGUUUUUGUCUGUUUUUGGAGAUUUUUGCCGCAUUUUUCUGUUGUCUAAAGCAGUGGUGUGAGUUGAUGAGUAGGACUAAGUUGGAUGUUAAAAAGACGAGAUGAAGAGGUCUUGAGAAAAAUAUACAAAAAAAUGAAGCUUGAAAUGAGAAAAGGGUUCAAAUAUAGAGAAAAAAAUUAUGAUAAAGUUGUCAUAUUGUCAUACUAGAGAUGCUUUAGUUUGCUAAUUUACUUUCUUUUUUUUCUACAAAAGACUUGGAUGAAAUUAUUUAUAAAAUGCGUCCCACGAGUCAUGAUCUUUUUUGGACGUAAAACAAAUACAUUUAUUAACAUUUUGUUGAAAAUAAAAUAAAUAUAAAUUAUGUUAAACAUUA